AUGGAUGUCAUACCAACAUCAUCACCAUCCGACUUAAUUUCCACCACAACUUCUCAAUCGUUUGUACCAUUUAUAAAUCGUCUAAAAACUUUCUUAACAUUACGAGCAUAUUCUCCGCAAGCAACAAAUGUUCCUCGUUUAAUCGAUGUUGUGCGAACGAGCACCCCUGACGUGCCCGAUAGCCAUCUGCGGGAUUUAUUAAUUAGUUUAGGCGGUCGUGCUUGUGCACUGUUGGGCAGUAUGAUAUUUAGUUAUUACUUAAUUCGCUAUAUAACAAAACAUUUGGAUCCAACUCAUGAAGAAAAAAAACGUCAUAAACAAUUAGCUUCACUAAUAAUGAAACAAUUAAAUUUGGAGAAAACUCUAAUUCAAUCAUUAAAUGAAUAUGAACUGUGUCUUCUAUCGGAUAUUGUUAAUCCUCAUGAUAUUCAAGUAACAUGGCAAGAUAUUGGGGGACUAGAACAAACCAUUGAUAAUUUAAGACAAACAGUUAUUUAUCCAUUACAGCAUCCACAUUUAUUCGCAAAAUCAAAAUUGCUAAUGCCGCCAAGAGGAGUUCUCUUUUACGGACCACCAGGUUGUGGCAAAACAAUGCUAGCAAAAGCAGUGGCAAAGGAAGCGGGAGCUAAUUUUAUCAAUCUUCAGGUAACAUCGUUAUUAGACAAAUGGUAUGGUGAAAGUCAGAAACGUACAUCGGCCAUCUUCUCCUUGGCUCAAAAACUGCAACCAUCGAUUAUAUUUAUUGAUGAAAUCGAUUCAUUCAUGAGAACGAGACAGGGAGAUGAUCACGAAUGUACCCGUAUGGUUAAAACACAGUUUAUGACAUUGUGGGACGGACUGCAAACAGACGAAACGAAUCGCAUUAUCAUCAUUGGUGCUACAAAUCGUCCGCAAGAUCUGGAUGCCGCUAUUCUUCGGCGUUUACCAACACGAUACAAUAUCGCAUUACCCACUGCACAACAACGUCUAAAAAUCUUAGAAUUAAUUUUAAAAGAUGAACAUUUAAAUUCGGAUGUGGAUCUUCACGAAUUAGCGAAACAGACAGAAUUAUUAAAUGGAAGUGAUUUAAAUGAAAUAUGCAGACAAGCAGCGCUUGAACGAGUGAUUGAAUUAUGUCAACAACACGAACAAUUUGAAGAGCAAGACACUCCUCUAAGACCAAUAUGUCAAGAAGACUUUCUUGAUGCUCUGAGAAAAGUCAGAACGGGAAACCAAGCCCAUUCACUCCUUACGCUAGAUUGA